CGCGGAUCACCGGAUAUAUAAAUGCGUGCAAGAACGGCGCACGUCGCUUUUUUGCCUCAGUAAAGGUAGAGUUGUGUUCGCGUUGCGCGUUUGUUGUGUGCGUUUCCUUUUCCCUUGAAAUAGGCCACAUAACCUAAUGUCCAUUUCGUGAAACUAACUCUCCUAGAAAAACCCAAAAAAAGCAAAAAAAAUUGUGAAAAAAAAAACGCAUUAAAAAAAUCGCAAAACUACAAGCGAAAAUCGUCGUGUCCUCGAUGAUAAAGGAAAAGAAAGGGAAGUAAAUACCGAGUCCAGAGCCAGUGUUCGUUCGCAGGGAGAAACAGACGGAGGAAUUUAUCUACUCACAGGCACGCAAAAAAAAGUACCCACGCACGCACGCACGUAGUGGAAGCGGGAGAGGUGAAGAGGAAAACGUGUGCGAGGACGCGCGAGCUACGAGACACGGGCAGGUGCGUCGGAGCAGGGUAAUCCGUACCGCGCGAGGGUAGAGAAGGAAAUAGCCAAACGAUUGAAGCGUCGCGCGCGACGCCGAAGAACGCCGUCCCGUUUCUCUCUUUUCUCUGCGAUAAUCCGCCGCCGCCGCCGCCGCCAUGAAUCCUGGAGCACCCAACUACCCCAUGGCUUCGCUCUAUGUAGGCAAUCUGUUAUUUUUUUCGGAUAAAUGGAUAUUAAGUGUCUUUGACUUUUCCUUUAAGAGAGUUUCUAUUUUCAAUAUUGGACCUGUGCUGUCGAUCCGCGUAUGCCGCGACAUGAUCACCCGCCGUUCGCUCGGCUACGCAUAUGUCAACUUUCAGCAACCAGCCGAUGCUGAACGCGCCCUUGAUACUAUGAACUUCGACAUUAUAAAAGGGCGGCCUAUCAGGAUUAUGUGGUCCCAGCGCGAUCCCUCCUUACGCAAGUCAGGCGUUGGAAAUGUAUUUAUCAAGAACUUAGAUAAAAACAUAGACAAUAAAGCGAUGUAUGAUACGUUUUCGGCGUUCGGUAAUAUACUGAGUUGCAAGGUUACGCAGGACGAAUCAGGCGCGUCAAAGGGUUACGGCUUUGUCCAUUUUGAAACGGAGGAAGCAGCCAACAAAUCUAUUGAAAAAGUCAAUGGAAUGUUGCUAAAUGGCAAGAAGGUGUAUGUCGGCAAAUUCAUUCCCCGUAAGGAACGCCAGAAGGAGUUAGGCGAGAAGGCCAAAUUGUUCACAAACGUCUACGUAAAGAACUUUGGCGAGGAUAUGACCGACGACAAGCUGAAGGAAAUGUUCGAAAAGUACGGGACCAUUACAAGCCACAAAGUGAUGAUUAAGGACGACGGCAAAUCACGUGGCUUCGGAUUUGUUGCGUUCGAGGACCCAAACUCCGCCGAGCAGGCGGUACUCGAUUUGAACGGUAAGGAGAUCGCCGAGGGCAAGUGUAUGUAUGUUGGACGGGCUCAGAAAAAAGCCGAGCGCCAACAGGAACUUAAACGGAAAUUCGAGCAAUUGAAAAUUGAGCGGUUGAAUCGAUAUCAAGGCGUAAAUUUGUACGUGAAGAAUCUGGAUGAUACGAUCGACGAUGAGCGUCUGCGUAAAGAAUUUACACCGUUUGGCACGAUCACCUCAGCGAAGGUGAUGAUGGAGGAAGGACGUAGCAAGGGUUUUGGUUUUGUGUGCUUCUCGCAGCCAGAGGAAGCCACCAAGGCAGUUACCGAGAUGAACGGACGCAUUGUAGGUUCCAAACCCCUCUACGUUGCUCUGGCGCAACGUAAGGAAGAUCGUAAGGCUCACCUUGCCUCUCAAUAUAUGCAACGCAUGGCGAAUAUGCGCAUGCAGCAGAUGGGUCAAAUAUUCCAUCAACCUGGUAACUCCGGUAGUUACUUUAUACCUACACUGCCGCAACCGCAGCGAUUCUAUGGACCCGCGCAAAUGGCGCAGAUUCGUGCUACUCCACGCUGGCCAGCGCAACCAAAUCAAGUAAGACCGAACGCGCAGACUGGCAACUCUGGAUUCGCGUCAAUGCAAGCUGCACCAUUCCGAGCGGCGCCGCGAGCUCCUGCCGCACAGGCUGGAGCCUUACGUAACAACAUGUCUGCCAGACCUAUCACAGGUCUGCAAGCUGUUAGUAACAAUAUGCAGAGCCGUUCCAUGGCCGGACCAGCUGUUGGUGUCUCGCCCGGUCAGAGCCGUCCGUCGAAUUACAAGUACACCGCAAAUAUGCGCAACCCUCCACAAGCGGCCAUGGCUUUACCCACACCGAGUGGUCCUUCUAUGCAGCAGGCGGUUCACAUCCAGGGUCAAGAACCGCUCACUGCAUCGAUGUUAGCUGCGGCACCACCGCAGGAACAAAAACAAAUGUUAGGAGAACGUUUAUUCCCUCUAAUCCAUGACAUGAAUCCACAACUGACUGGUAAAAUCACUGGUAUGUUACUGGAGAUCGAUAACAGCGAAUUGCUUCAUAUGCUGGAGCACAAGGAAUCUCUGAAGGCCAAAGUCGAUGAAGCCGUGGCCGUAUUACAGGCCCAUCAAGCAAAACAAGCUGUCGCGCCGAAGAAGGAAUAAACGUCUCAUCGAUAAUGUUUAUUUAUAACAAGUGAAAAUAAAUUUCGAUAAAUUUUGACUUUGAUUCGUUGUAUGCGGGAUAUUGUUUCUUCAUUUAAUUUUGUUUAUCUAAAUUUAUCAUGUCAGCAUGUUUAUAUGAUGAAAUUUACUUUCCAAGAUAUCGCUUGGGAAGAUGCAAAAAUACAUACUCUUUUUACACACAAUGUAAAAUUUUAAGAAAAAAAUCUUCAUAUUCGGCAUAUUAAAAUAUGAGAAGUUAUGAACAUUUUCUGAAUCAAUAAUUAGAUUCGCCUUGCAUUUGCUUAUUGAGAGAAACAUGUGAAGGAAUAUGAAUUGAUUUCCAAAUUUAAAAAUUUAAAAUAAUAAAUUUUUCUGUCAGGAUACAUAAAGCGAUCGAUGUUCAGCGGAUGCAACAAUUAAUC